AUGUCCGAUACGAAACCAUUUGACCCGUUUCGCUCAAAGCGACUCAUAUAUCGCGCCGUGAACGACACCCUAGCCGACGACAGGUUUGUCCAUGAUAUCCAGCGGGACGCGGAGGCCCAAUCUGGUUCUAGCUACGGACUAUUGCGGCCCGAGAGUAUGAAAGCGAGCAACGCAUUCAAACAACAUAUUGCAGAGAAAUGUCUCCUCGGUGCGAUUAUCUGCUUGCCAGCUACUAGGGGUGAUUGGGGUGACGGAGCUGAAGAACCUGUUGGUAUUAUCUGUCUUAAAGCCAAUCCUCCACAACAUGCGCACCAUAGAUGGACGGACAUCAGCAUUGAUAUCGCGAGGGACCAUCGCGGGAAGGGUUACGGUAGUGAAGCCAUCCAGUGGUCCUUGUGGUAUGCUAUCCAGAUGGCCGGCUUGCACCGCGUUCAGAUUGUAGCCUUUUCGUUCAAUGAGGGUGCGAUGAAGCUUUAUAAGAAAUUGGGGUUUAAAGAAGAAGGGAGGCAACGUGAGGCUAUGUGGUUUAAUGGUGGUUGGCAUGACUAUGUCAUACACGGCAUCCUGGAAGAUGAAUGGCGGGAGAUGCAAAAGGAGAUAGAGCCUAGGUGA